UUUUGGAGUCAAACUUUACUUUAGGAUCCUAACCAAAACACUAAUUAGGAAAGAUUAGCACUAACUCCAUUUGAACAACUCCUUUCAGAAGCUCAAUCUAUACAUACACCAUCAUGCAUCCAAACAAACACAAACAUCCCUUCAAUCCUUAAAUCGAAACUCGAAAGGAAAACAAUUUCGACUCCCAUAUUUUGUUCCCCUCUCAAAUUAACAUGGAAGCUCACAAAAUUUUCUCCAUCCCUGCCAAGGCCACUGCCUACCUCCUAUUUCUUACUCUCACCAUUUUCUCUGCUGCUUCAGCACGAAAUCUCGAGGAGCAGCCACAAGUUCCGGUAGUUCCCCCAGUGGUGUCUGACAUGUUUGAUACACCUGUCACAAAUGCCGCACUAGCUACACCAGCAGCAGCUACUAGUACUGCAACAGUCGCAAAUGCUGCUGACCACCCUGCCUUGAUCUUCUUUAUGCACGACAUCCUCGGAGGAUCAAACCCCACUGCCCGAGCCAUGACAGGGAUAGUCAACAACCCUGCAGCCAACGGUCAAGUCCCAUUUGCCAAGCCCAAAGGGGCUGUUCUACCAUUCAACAACGGAGUACCCCAGAACAACAACAACAACGGUCUCAUAAACAACAAUAACAUCCCAUUUCUCACAGGGCUUAGUGGAACAACACCAAACGUUGGACAAAACAACAACAGAAAUGGUGGCGGGUUUGGAAACUUUCCGAUAAAUGGUGGGCAGCUCCUGCCAGGCUCCUCCGCGCUCCAAAAUCUCAUGUUUGGAACAAUGAGCGUGUUUGAUGAUGAGUUCACUGAAGGGCAUGAGCUUAGCUCUGGCUUGGUUGGCAAGGCACAAGGUUUUUAUGUAGUGAGCUCUGAGGACGGUACUAGUCAGACUAUGGCUUUCACUGCUAUGUUCCAAAGUGGGAGUUACACCGACAGUCUUAGCUUCUUUGGGGUUCACCGUACAGCUGUGUCAGAGUCUCAUUUGGCCAUUAUGGGUGGCACCGGAAAGUAUGUCAAUGCUAAGGGUUUCGCGUUGGUUAAGACCUUCCUGGCUUCCAAUCAGCAAACUGAUGGGGCGGAGACACUGUUGGAGUUCACCGUUUAUGUCACUUACUGAUUGUAUGUGUGAUUGAGAGCAUUUUAGAGAAAUGAAAUGGUUACAAUUUAUUUUCA